AGCGGGUAAAUUUAGAUUCGCCUGUUGCUCGAGGAGGGCGGAAACCUGAGCCAAGGCAGCCUUUCUCCCGGGAGAAGACAGUGAACUUUGUGUCUGUCUCACCCUACACGAAAUGCGAGCUUAAACCUUUCCACCUUCGCAGAGUUUGGGCCCUCACUGGGAGUCAAUUCAUCAGUGUGCUUUCUGAGUCGCUAAGAACAUGGUACGAGAACAGUAUACCACAGUCACGGAGGGCUUCCACCUAGAGAGGCCUGAGAGCCAGCACGUCUACAAGAUCGGCAUUUACGGCUGGAGGAAGCGCUGCCUAUACCUGUUCGUCCUUCUCUUGAUCGCCACCCUCACUGUGAAUCUCGCUCUCACCAUCUGGAUCCUAAGAGUGAUGUGGUUUUCCCCAACAGGAAUGGGCUACUUGCAUGUCACACCUGAUGGACUUCGCCUGGAAGGGGAAUCGGAAUUUUUAUUUCCACUGUAUGCCAAAGAAAUAUGCUCCAGGGUGGACUCCUCUUUGCUUCUGCAAUCAACACAGAAUGUGACGCUCAGUGCCCGAAACUCAGAAGGGGAGGUCACAGGCAGGGUCAAAGUGGGUCCCCAAAUGGUAGAGGUCCAGAGCCAGCACUUUCGGAUCAGUUCUGAAGAAGGCAAGCCACUGUUCACCGCCGAGGAGCAGGACAUAGCGGUCAGCACAGGCAGACUGCGGGUAACAGGUCCAGAAGGAGCUCUAUUUGAACACUCAGUGGAGACACCGCUUGUCAAUGCUGUCCCAUUUCAGGACCUUAGGUUAGAAUCUCCAACUCGAAGUCUAAGCAUGGAUGCCCCCAGGGGGGUUCACGUUAAAGCACAGGCUGGGAAGAUGGAGGCCCUUUCUCAAAUGGACAUCGUCAUGCAGAGUACGGAUGGAGUGCUGGUGCUUGACGCUGCAACCGUGGGUCUGCCCAAGGUGAAGCAGGGGACACGGGGCGCCGCUGCAGGCAGCCCUCACGGGUUCUAUGAGAUUUGUGUGUGUCCUGACGGGAAGCUGUACCUGUCUGUGGCUGGUGAGGCCACCACCUGCGAGGAGCACAGCCACAUCUGUCUCUAG